AUGAACACAAUUCUGAUUGUCGGAGCCACUGGAGCACAGGGCAGUGCGAUUGUACGCUUCCUUUCCAGCACUGGUCGCUACAAUAUUAUCGCUUUCACUCGGAGCGCAUCAUCGUCCCACUCUGUUGAGCUAGCCGCAUUGCCCAAUGUCAAACUCGCCAUCAGCAACGCUCCAACUGGUUAUGAUACCGAAGCGUUUUUGUCUGCUGCGUCGGACUCCGACUACGUUUUGGUAAACACAGAUGGCUUCGCAAUGGGUGAGCAAGCUGAGACUUAUUGGGGCACUCGGUUGUUCGAAUUGUCUGUCAGAGCUGGGGUGAAGCACUUUGUCUACAGUGGACUUGAUUCUGUUGGUCCCAAGUCAAACUAUGACCCUGACUUAUACACUGGCCAUUAUCAAGGCAAGGCCAGAGUCCAAGGCUGGAUGCACGGACAGAAAAAUGUCAGUAUGCGUUGGACCAUUAUCAGGUCUGGCCCAUAUAUGGAACUCCUCUCUGCAGUUCUGGCCCCAGUACAGGGAGAAGAUGGAUCUCUCACCUUCCAAUUACCUCUCGACGACGGUGCAAUCCCAUUCAUCUACCUUGAUGACUUUGGCAAAUAUGUUGAUUGGGCACUCACGAACCCCAGCGAGUCAUCCUCCCUAGACUUUGGCAUUGCUACCACACAAGCAUCGGGUGCACAAAUUGCCGAAGCUGCCGAGAAGGUCUUGGGAAAGCCAUCGCAAUUCGUUAACGUUCCCAUCGAGGCUUGGAAUUCUGCAGCCUGGAAGUAUCUACCCAACGGCGGCGAUACCAAGAUCGGGUUUCAGUCCGUUACAGACCAGAAUGUACUGCUUAUGACAUAUGCAGAGAACUUCACUCAUUGGUGGAAUCUCUACAAAGCUAGUCCUAACACUAACAAGGGACUGAUUCAGAGAGACUUUGUCUUCAUGGAUAGAAUUGUUCCUGAUCGUGUUAAAAGUGUUGAGGAGUGGAUGCGUAAGGUUGGAUAUACUGGGGAAAAGCAAGCUCUGCUAAAGCUGGACGCUGCUUCAGGACAAGUGUAA